AUGAAUUUCGAUAAGAAGAGCGAUGUGCUUAUAGCUGUACGCGAGGCACCCUUUCGUGCCAAUAAGCUGCAGCAAAAUCAAAGUGUCAUCCAAUUUGCCACUGAUUGUAAAAAUACGCUCGUUGUAAAUAAUGCAGUACACACUUUCGAUGCUGCUUUUAACUCGAGUGUGUCGCAGGCGACGCUUUAUGAGACAUUGGUGCAACCGCUAGUAUCCAAAGUGCUCGCGGGCACCAACUGUACGGCGCUGGCCUAUGGGCAAACAGGCACGGGCAAGAGCUACUCCAUGGGCAUGGGCGCUGAGCCUGUAACAGAGCAGCAAAUGGGCAUCUUGCCGCGUUGCGCAAAGGACUUGCUAAUGCGCAUACCCCUGCUGAAGGCGGACAAGGAAAACAAUCGCAUACCAAUGCAGCUGUUUGUCUCGUUUUUGGAGAUCUAUAACGAAAAGGCCCACGAUCUGCUGUCAGCUGAGCCCCAGAAACCGAUCGCUGUGCGUGGCCAGCGUUUUACGGGCGCCACAAAGCAACUGCUAAGCAGUUUGAAGGAUCUGCAGAGCCUGCUCGAGCUGGGUGCCAAGAAGCGACAUGUGCGUGCCACCAAUAUGAACCAACACAGUUCACGCUCCCAUGCUAUCGUCACAUUCUCUGUGCAGCGCGGGCAUCGCGUUAGUCGACUCAACUUGGUGGACUUGGCCGGCUCGGAGGGCGUGCGACGCACCCAAAAUGAGGGCAUGGCACGCGAUGAGGGCGUCUUUAUCAAUAUGGGUCUACUAGCCAUAAACAAGGUUCUGCUAUCGCUAACAGCGGGUCAUGCUGUCAUACCCUACCGAGAAUCUAUAUUAACAGCCGUGCUGCAAGACUCCUUCAUUUCAGAUGCUUUUAUAACGCUGCUGGCCUGCGUUAGUCCACACGCUGAAGAUGUAUCUCAGACAAACUCAACGCUUCGCUUUGCCAAGGAUGCCAAACGCAUGAAGCUCUCGCCCCGGCUUUCGCAACAGCUGCAGCAGCUACAAGCGAAACUGCGCAUUCAGCGUUCCACACCUGGCACGGUGAAACGCCUGCAGUCAAACGUGGAGCUCAGCAAGCGACAUGAGCAGGCAACGUGCAAACGGCGCGUGCAUAGCACGCCGUUUAAGCGACGAUCCAUCAAUCUUACAAACACCGAUGAAACUCCGAUGAGAGAUAACGAGAAGAAGAAGGAGCAGCAAGUGGAUCAGCACACUCUGCGGGCAGUUUCUCCACACUUAUCUUUGCUAAACUAUAGCAACAGCAAUUCGAAUCUUGGCUGUAUUCCAGAAGAGCUGAACGCGCAACAUAACGAGAAGAAGAAGAAGGAGCAGCAAGUGGAACAGCACACGCUGCGGCCAGUUUCUCCACACUUAUCUUUGCUCAACUAUCCCACACAAGAGCUGAACGCGCAACAUAACGUGAUCCCCCGAAGGACGCAGCCACAGUGGAUCAGCACCCUGCUUGAUCUAAGCGGCAUUAAGAGAUUCUCGCCGUCCUUCUCGGAAAAGCAGCGUGUUAUGCCGGCGGCGGUGCCGCCAGUCCGCCGCUCAGUCCGUCUCUCAAUGCGUCUUCAAGCCGCUGCGCCAUCGCGUCGCAGUCAACGCUUGGCCAACCGCACGCUGUCGGUGGAUUUCGUUAAGCCCGAGGUGCCGCCGCUAAAGACUGCGUCCAAGCGGCGUACUACCCGUACUAUGGAUCUGAACGGUCAGGUUUUGGAGCAGCUUAGCGAAACGAGAGGCAAACUAAGCGCUCGGCUCAAGCUCCAUCGCUCCAAUAUGCUAAGGAUGCUAAAUAGUGCAAAACCCGAAGAUCUUAAAGCACUGCCACAAAUUGGAACAAAGACAGCACAGACGCUGCUUAUUCAACGCAUGCUAUUCGGGUCAUUUGAAAGCUGGACGCAGGUGCAGAAGCUGCCAAUUUGGAAUGGUAGGUGGCAACACUUUGCCCUUGCCAACGGACUGGAAAUUCCCAAAUAA